GCGCUUUAAUGGGGGUCGGCUUCCAGUCGGUGCUGGGAGGGGGGAAGGGAGGAGGCAGCCAAGGAAUUGUUUUUUUUUCCCGACCCCGCCCUCUUCAGUUUAACCAUUAGGAACCAAGAGUUUCCUUGGCUGCCCCGCCUAUCCCCCGCGACUCAGCCAAUCAUCGGUGGCAGCGGCUCCGAGGGGGCGGGCCCGGGAGGCUGUGCGUGUCUUGUGUGAGAGAGCUCUUGAACCAAGUCAGAGCUAGAGUCGGCUGGGCGGCUGGGCUCUCUUGCCGCCGUCGCGGGUGACUCAGGGAGGCGGGAGGCGGGGGCGAGGGGACGAACACUUAGGCAAAAGCACUGGCGCUGCGGCUCAGUCCUCCCUUCUCUCUCUCAGUGUCCAGCUUUGAAAGGGAGGAGCCCUUCCUGCUGGCGUGGAAACCAUGGUGCUCACGCUCGGAGAAAGUUGGCCAGUAUUGGUGGGGAAGCGAUUCCUCAGUCUGUCCGCAGCUGAAGGCAGCGACGGCGGCCACGACAACUGGGACUUGGAGCGCGUUGCAGAGUGGCCCUGGCUGUCCGGGACCAUUCGAGCUGUUUCUCACACUGACGUUACCAAGAAAGAUUUGAAGGUUUGUGUGGAGUUUGAUGGAGAGUCUUGGAGAAAGAGAAGAUGGAUAGAUGUCUACAGCCUUCUAAGAAGAGCAUUUUUAGUAGAACAUAACCUGGUUCUGGCAGAACGAAAAUCACCUGAGAUUCCUGAGCAAGUUAUUCAGUGGCCUGCAAUAAUGUACAAAUCUCUACUAGACAAAGCUGGCUUGGGAUCCAUAACUUCUGUUCGCUUCCUUGGAGAUCAGCAAAGUGUAUUUGUUUCCAAAGACCUUUUGAAACCUAUACAGGAUGUAAACAGUCUUCGGCUUUCCCUUACUGAUAAUCAGACGGUCAGUAAAGAGUUUCAAGCUUUGAUUGUAAAACAUUUGGAUGAAAGCCAUCUUUUACAAGGUGACAAGAACCUUGUUGGUUCAGAAGUAAGAAUUUAUAGCUUGGAUCCAUCUACUCAGUGGUUUUCAGCAACUGUUGUACAUGGAAACCCCUCAUCCAAAACUCUUCAAGUCAACUGUGAGGAGAUUCCAGCGCUGAAAAUUGUUGAUCCAGCACUGAUUCACGUUGAAGUUGUACACGAUAAUUUUGUAACGUGUGGUAAUUCUACAAGAAUUGGAGCUGUGAAACGCAAGUCUUCUGAGAAUAAUGGAAGUUCAGUUUCUAAACAAGCAAAAUCUUGCUCUGAGGUCUCUCCCAGUAUGUGUCCUGUACAGUCUGUUCCCACAACAGUGUGUAAGGAGAUCCUGCUUGGCUGUACUGCAGCAACCCCAUCUAGCAAGGGCCCAAGACAGCAGAACACUCCCCAGGCAGCCAAUUCUCCACCUAACAUUGGAGCAAAACUUCCUCAAGGAUGUCACAAGCAGAGUUUACCAGAAGAAAUUUCUUCCUGUCUAAAUACAAAAUCUGAAGUACUGAGAACAAAACCAGAUGUUUGCAAAGCAGGAUUACUUUCUUCAAAAUCUUCUCAGGUUGGAGCUGGAGACUUGAAAAUUCUGAGUGAGCCCAAAGGUAGCUGUAUCCAGCCUAAAACAAACACUGAUCAGGAGAGCAGACUGGAGUCUACUCCACAACCAGUCACUGGCCUUACAAAGGAGUGCUUGGUUACAAAGACUUCCUCUAAGGCAGAACUGGACAAUGCCACUGCUCCUGAACUGCAGAAGCGUCUAGAGCACACAGCUUCCACACCCGAUGGUCUUUCAGACAAGCCAGAAGUGGAAGCAGGUGUCACUAGGCUUAAUAGCUGUUCAGAAAAGAAGGUUGGACCUUCAGAUUUAGGUUCGCAGUCACAGAAUUUAAAGGAAACUUCAGUAAAAGUCGAUCAUGACAGCUGUUGUACAAGAAGCAGUAAUAAAACCCAGACUCCCCCAGCCCGGAAGUCAGUUUUGACAGACCCAGAUAAACUCAAGAAGCUACAGCAGAGUGGAGAGGCCUUUGUUCAGGAUGACUCCUGUGUUAACAUCGUGGCACAGCUGCCCAAGUGUCGGGAGUGUCGAUUAGACAGCCUGCGCAAGGAUAAGGACCAGCAGAAAGACUCGCCAGUGUUCUGUCGCUUUUUUCACUUCAGGAGGUUACAAUUCAACAAACAUGGUGUUCUGCGGGUAGAAGGCUUCUUAACACCAAACAAGUACGACAGUGAAGCGAUUGGCUUGUGGCUGCCUUUGACCAAAAAUGUUGUGGGGACUGAUUUGGACACAGCAAAGUAUAUCCUGGCCAAUAUUGGAGACCACUUCUGUCAAAUGGUGAUUUCUGAGAAGGAGGCUAUGUCAACUAUUGAGCCACACAGGCAGGUUGCUUGGAAACGAGCUGUCAAAGGAGUUAGAGAAAUGUGUGAUGUGUGUGACACAACCAUUUUCAACCUGCACUGGGUGUGCCCUCGGUGUGGGUUUGGAGUGUGUGUAGAUUGCUACCGGAUGAAGAGGAAGAAUUGCCAACAGGGGGCUGCCUACAAGACUUUCUCUUGGAUAAGGUGUGUGAAGAGUCAAAUACAUGAGCCUGAGAACCUGAUGCCCACGCAGAUUAUUCCUGGCAAAGCCCUCUACGAUGUUGGAGACAUUGUGCAUUCUGUCAGAGCAAAAUGGGGUAUAAAGGCCAAUUGUCCCUGCUCCAACAGGCAGUUCAAGCUCUUCUCGAAGCCAGCCUUAAAGGAAGACCUGAAGCAGGCAUCCUUGUCUGGAGAAAAACCAAGUCUCGGCACCAUGGUACAGCAAAGCUCCCCUGUGUUGGAGCCAGCAGCCGUGUGUGGGGAAGCACCCUCCAAGCCAGCCAGCAAUGUGAAGCCCAUCUGUCCAGCCAACACAUCCCCUUUAAACUGGCUAGCUGACCUGACCAGUGGCAAUGUCAACAAGGAAAACAAGGAAAAACAGCUGACUAUGCCAAUUUUAAAGAACGAAAUCAAAUGCCUUCCACCCUUGCCUCCUCUGAACAAGUCCAGCACUGUCCUCCAUACUUUUAACAGCACAAUUUUGACACCCGUGAGCAACAAUAAUUCUGGUUUUCUUCGAAAUCUUUUGAAUUCAUCCACAGGAAAGACAGAAAAUGGACUAAAAAACACACCCAAAAUCCUUGAUGAUAUCUUUGCCUCUUUGGUACAAAACAAGACUUCUUCUGACUUAUCCAAGAGGCCUCAAGGACUGACGAUCAAGCCUAGCAUUCUUGGUUUUGACACUCCUCACUACUGGCUGUGUGACAACCGCCUGCUGUGCUUGCAAGACCCCAACAAUAAGAGCAAUUGGAAUGUCUUUAGGGAAUGCUGGAAACAGGGGCAGCCAGUGAUGGUGUCGGGAGUGCAUCAUAAAUUAAACACUGAACUCUGGAAACCCGAGUCCUUCAGGAAAGAGUUUGGCGAGCAAGAAGUAGACCUAGUCAAUUGUAGGACCAAUGAAAUCAUCACAGGAGCCACAGUGGGAGACUUCUGGGAUGGAUUUGAAGAUGUUCCAAACCGUUUGAAAAACGAAAAAGAAAAAGAACCAAUGGUGUUGAAACUUAAGGACUGGCCGCCAGGAGAAGACUUUAGAGAUAUGAUGCCUUCCAGGUUUGAUGAUCUGAUGGCCAACAUUCCACUGCCUGAGUAUACCAGGCGAGAUGGCAAACUGAACCUGGCCUCUAGACUGCCAAACUACUUUGUACGGCCAGACCUGGGCCCCAAGAUGUACAAUGCUUAUGGAUUGAUCACUCCAGAAGAUCGGAAAUAUGGGACCACGAAUCUUCACUUAGAUGUAUCUGAUGCAGCCAAUGUCAUGGUUUAUGUGGGAAUUCCCAAAGGACAGUGUGAACAAGAGGAAGAAGUCCUUAGAACCAUCCAAGAUGGAGAUUCGGAUGAACUCACAAUCAAGCGAUUUAUUGAAGGAAAAGAGAAGCCAGGCGCCCUUUGGCACAUAUAUGCUGCUAAAGACACAGAAAAGAUAAGAGAAUUCCUUAAAAAGGUAUCUGAAGAGCAGGGUCAAGAAAACCCCGCAGACCAUGAUCCUAUUCAUGAUCAGAGCUGGUAUUUAGACCGAUCACUGAGAAAGCGCCUUUAUCAAGAGUAUGGAGUUCAAGGCUGGGCUAUUGUACAAUUUCUUGGCGAUGUGGUGUUUAUCCCGGCAGGAGCUCCACAUCAGGUUCAUAACUUAUACAGCUGUAUCAAAGUCGCUGAAGACUUCGUGUCUCCAGAGCAUGUGAAACACUGCUUCUGGCUCACUCAGGAAUUCCGUCACUUGUCACAGACUCAUACCAACCACGAAGAUAAACUGCAGGUAAAGAAUGUUAUCUACCAUGCAGUAAAAGAUGCAGUUGCUAUGCUGAAAGCCAGUGAAUCCAGUUUGGGCAAAUCUUAACUCCUCUCUGCACAUUGGAGAUGAUUAUUGGCAGCUGAUCAAACUCUUCAGGCAGGAUUCCUGUGGACUUUGAGAUUUCCUGUUACCUCAUCUUCUUUUUUAAAGUACACCUGACUUAGGAGGGUACUGUCUCUAAUGUAUAUUUCUAGUGUUUACAGACACUAAGUGUGUAUAUGUAGUAACUAUUUACAGACCAUGCAUCCUUAUACUGUGACUUCACCUAGUACAGAUCUUCAACCAAGCUGAAGACCUGCUGCUCUGAAACAGUACUUGCAGUUACUCCCCAGCUGUUGUUUGGACAGUUCAUUCGAAUGGAUUUUUAACUAUUAGGGAUCACUUCGAAGUUUCAUUGGAUUUUAUUUUAUGUCCUUCAGAGCACCCUCCCGCACCCACUAGGGUCCCAGAAGAGCAAUGGAGGAAGUGACAGCUAAUGGUGCAGUUCUAAAUAUAUUGCAUAGGACUGGCAUAUAGCAGAAAUAACUACUGUAUAAUUCUUGGGGUUAACCAUCUUUAGUUAAUGGAAUUUUAAUUUAAAUGAAGCUUUGCUAAUUUUAAGUGGUAAGCAUUUUGCAUUAAAAUAUUCAUAUAAUA